GUUGUAAUUCCAGUGGAAGAUGAGAGACUAACCUGUGCCUUGGCUAAGCUGACUAAUCACUUGACUAAUCUCUUUAAAACAACGAAUAUCACAGAUUUUUGAUAUAGCUACUUUUUAAAUUAAAAUGCAUUUUAUUUUAUUUUCUUUCUUUGUUUGAAUGUUCAGCAUUUCAGUGUUCACUUGCCUGUGCAUUUAUCAAAAUGUAUUUAAUUGGGAAUGAGGGGAAAUCGGAAAGGAAGACAUUUAAAUGGGUCUCACUGGACCUACCUGUUCAAUAAGACCUACUCACUCACUGACAUCACCUUCCGCUUGACAAAGUAGUCCUACUGCUUUGAAUGAUUCCUUAUGAAUUUCUUCUUAUAACAUUAUAUCAUAAUAUCAUGUAUCAUGUGAUCUUAGUUGAAAAUAAGCGGAAAUUUAAAAUGACAGCUGUGAAGAUGUUAAAUAUUCGAAGUAGAGGAAAUCCCGCCAUGGCGUAAGGAUACAGUUUCUUCCAGACCCAGUGAGUGACAGGCGGGAGGGAGAUCACUUCAUCUGUUGAAGGCGGCUGAAGGACGUGGAUGUGGAGCGGAAUAAGCGGGUGGACUGAAAAAGAACACAAUGACUGAAGAUGUAAACCAAAAAGAGGCAGAAAAGGCUCUCCAAAUGGUUCACUGGGGCAAGAGACAGGGGUGGAAAGAGGGCCGUUAGAGCACAGCAGGAGAGAUGACCAUCUCCAGGAGUGUGAUGAGUUGUUUGAGUCCAAAUAUUUUAACACUGUAAUGUUCAACAUGUUUAUUUUUUUUAUUUUUAUUUAUUUUUUUGUACUUCUACAUUGUUAGUGUAGUUCAGUUAAAAGAGCACUGAUGUUUCUAAAAAGGGGCAGUUCACCCAAAAAUGAACAUUCUGUCAUCACUGACUCGCCCUCAUGUCUUUCCAAAACCUUAAGACUUUCAUUCAUCUUUGGAUCACAAAAAAGAUAUUUUUCAUGAUAUCUGCAAGAUUUAUGUCCCUCUGUUGAAAGUUUAUUCCCCCAAAAUUCUGAUGCUUCAGAAUAUUUGUAAAGAGAUAAAAAAUUAAUCAAAAUGAAUCCAGUGGUUUAAUCCAAGUCUUCUGAAAAGUCAUUAUGACUUUAUAUGAUGAACAGAUCUAAUUUAGGCUUUUAUUUACAUAUAAACAUCGAUCAGCCAACAAUGUUUACAGCAUUCAGUUUUGGUAAAUAGAAGCACAUGCUUGAUUCUGUUUAUAUUAGUCGUUUAGCAUUUAUAUGUGAAUAAAACCUUAAUUAAAUCUAUCAGAUAAAGUGAUCAUGUCUUUUCAGAAGACUGUGAUUAAACUUCUUGAUUCAUAUAAAUUUGUUUUACAAUCUUUUUAUGAAUUUUUUGAAGUGCCUGAGUUUUGGGGAAAUAGACUUUCAACAGAAGGACUGAAAUUUCACAUAUUUCAGUAAAAAUGGCUUCAUUUGUGUUCUGAAAAUAAAAUAAUUUCUUAUGGUUUUUUGAGCUUAUCAAAGCUGUAGUUCAGGGCCUGAGGAUAUUGAUGAAAUGCUUCCAGCCUCACUUACAAUAUUUCUGCAGGAGUGGGCUACAAAACACCUCAUCACACACAAUGCCAUUGAUGACCUCCUGAGGGGGCUUAAAAAAUAUGCACAUCCAGAAUUGCCUUCAACAGCAAGAACCUUGCUGCAAACUCCUAGACACAUUAAAACAUGUAUGAAGUCAGGGAUGGAGUGUGUUCAUUUUAACAUAAGAGAGCACCUAAGUAGCAGCUGCACCACUACCCAAGGGAGAUAACAGAAAAAAUAACAACACUGGAGAUUUCAUUUAAUAUUGAUGGACUGCCUGUCUUUCCUGUGACACUGACACAUGGUCCUUCCAAACCAACAAGUUUAGAUUUUAUUGAGGAAGCCAUGAAAGACAUCCAGCAACUCCUUGAAAAUGGACAAGGAUAUUAUGGGUGUGAUAAAUGCCCUCAGAGGGGCAUGUGGGUUUCUGGGUGUGUUACUUACCCAGAGGUGGAUAAUCUCACUCUACACACAGAUGAGACACAUCGUGCUGAAAUGGAAAGACGUCAGGAUGAUGAGGCCAUUCCAGUGUCUCCAUUUUUAAGGCUGCCAUUGGACAUGAUUGACCAAUUUCCAGUAGACUACAUGCACCAAGCCUGCCUGGGGGUUACAAAAAAAAUGAUCACAAAGUGGAUUAGAGGUGACCGGAAUGUGCGAAUGUCUGCUGGACAAAUUGAUGAAGUGUCCCAAAGGCUGCUGUCAUACAGGAAGAGCAUUCCAAGCAGUUUUGCAAGAAAACCAAGGCGUCUAGAAGACAUAGAUAGGUGGAAGGCAACUGAACUGCAGCAGUUUGCUGUGUACACUGGCAAGAUUGCAUUAAAGGGAAUUCUAGCUGAUCAACUGUAUGACCAUUUCAUGAUAUUCAGUGUUGCCUUGGGCCUUCUUCUUUCACCUAACUUGGCAGUGGAAUACAACAGCUAUAGCACUGAGCUGAUGACUUAUUUUGUUGCAAAAACAAAAGAGCUAUAUGGAAACCAUUUCAUGAUACAACAUCCAUUCAAUGGUACAUCUACCAGCAGAAGCAAUGGAUUUUGGCACUCUUGAUGCUUGCAGUGCAUUCCCAUUUGAAAACUUUCUUACAAAGCUCAAGUGACUCAUAAGGUCAGGAAAACAGCCUCUUAUUCAAGUGGCUAAGCGGUUUGUGGAGAUCUCAAAUUGUCCACAGACACAAUCUGUGAUAGUCACAAAGUCCAAAAUCACAAGACCAAACAAUGCCUUUAUUCUUGGGGAAGGAAAAUGCUGUGAGGCCAUAGAAGAGAGAGAUGAGUUGGAUGAGUCGGUUCCCCAAUGAUAUUGUGCAAGGUUUUUGUAAAACCUGAACCAUAUUUCAGAGACCCAUGUGAUUCACGAAUUAUUGGCUGUUUUAAAGUUCAUUCAAGACAAUCAGUAAUGAAACUUGUUCCAGAAUGGCAGCUGACAAGAACGGCCAUAAUGGUGGAAAAAAAUAAGGGAGAAUUUUUUUGGCCAUCCUGCAUAAGCUUUAACUCUCUCUCUCUCUCUCUCUCUCUCUCUAUUUCACACACACACACACAUACUUACCAUAGCAUAGCUCACAACCUAACAUGACAAACCUCAGACAAUCAAGAACUUAUCAUCAUUGUACCAAUCUCCAAUGUCUCCCUCAUGAUAAACAGAUGGAGAGAAAAGAAUUUGCAUUGGUGGCAAAAAAAAAUUUGCAGAUGACAAUUCAGUGGAAAUUAUUCCCACCACUUGGUUGGAAGAAACCACUGAAGGAAUGUUCUGUUACUGGACAUUUUCCAAAACAAGGCAGUUGGUCAGAAAUAAUGCACUGCCUGACAAGCAACAGUGGAGGCGGUUCCAAAUAAAGACAAUUUGGCUAAAAACAGACUCAUAUACCAAAGCUGUCCAGAAAUGCUGUCGCGUCGCUGAGACCUCAAACAUUGAAAGUGAGGACACAACAAAUAAAAAAAGGGCACACAAAAAGCCAAGUAGAUUUCAGUCUGACACUGAAAUCUCCUCAGAUGGAGCAACACAGAAGAAUUUCAAGACACUAAAGGCGACUGAGGUGGAAGAUUUCAUUUCAUUGGCCCUGAAAUUUGCACCACAUAGGAAUUUAAAAUGUUCAACCAGCCAUCAUCUAGGAAAGAGGGAUAAUGUUCCUGUACCUCAAUAUCCCUAUAAGAGAUACCAGCAGAAGAGAUCAGUAUCAUCAGUGACUCAGCAGUGUCUCCAUAAACUGUCUGUUCAUACACUAAUAUUCAAAAUGGAGAUCACUGAUCUGGACACAGAUAUGACCCCACCCCUAAAGAAGCGUAAACUUCAGAAAGAGAGAUCAGACUCACCAGCAGUCAGCUGUCUCUCCAUGAAGAGUAAAGAGUCUAUGGAGCCUCCUUUGUACUUUAAAACUGCUGAUUCCUCACCUUUAUACAGUGUUCUACAGGAGGAACAAAAGAGAAGAGAAAUGAACAUCAUGACAUUUACAGGACACACCCCAGAAUCUGCUGAUGUUACUGAACUCCAGAAAAAGUUCAAAUUAAAUCUGAAGAAGAAGUUUCAGUGUUUAAAUGGAGAGAUGAUAAACCUGGGAACCCAAAUACUCCUGAAUGAGAUCUACACAGAGCUCUACAUCACAGAGGGAGACAGUGGAGACGUCAAUAAUGAACAUGAGGUGAGACAGAUCGAGGCAGCAUCCAGGAGAACAACAACAAGAGAGGAAACACCAAUCAAAUGCAAUGACAUCUUUAAGCCUUUAUCUGAACAAGACAAACCCAUCAGAACUGUUCUGACAAAGACCUCAUCUGAACAAGACAAACCCAUCAGAACUGUUCUGACAAAGGGAGUCGCUGGCAUUGGAAAAACAGUCUCUGUACAGAAGUUCAUUCUGGACUGGUCUGAAGGGAAAACAAAUCAGGACAUCCACCUCAUAUUUCCACUUCCUUUCAGAGAACUGAAUUUGAUGAAGGACCAGAAACUGAGUCUGAUGGAGCUCCUUCAUGUCUUUUUUAAGGAAAUAAAAGAAACAGAAAUGUCCAGAUUGGAAAAGGUUCUGUUCAUUUUUGACAGAUUGGACGAGUGUCGUUUUCCUCUGGAUUUCCAGAACACAGUGAGAGUGUGUGAUGUAACUGAAUCAGCAUCAGUGCAGGAGCUGCUGAUAAACCUGAUCAAAGGGAAUCUGCUUCCCUCUGCUCUCAUCUGGAUCACCUCCCGACCAGCAGCAGCUGAUCAAAUCCCCUCUGAGUGUGUGCAUCGAGUCACAGAGAUACGAGGGUUCAAUGACCCACAGAAGGAGGAGUAUUUCAGGAAGAGGAUCAGAGAUCAGAGCCUGGCCAAUAACAUCAUCACACACCUGAAGUCAUUAAGAAGCCUCUACAUCAUGUGCUACAUCCCAGUCUUCUGCUGGAUUUCAGCCACUGUUCUAGAGAGGAUGUUGGGUGAAGCAGAGACUGGAGAGAUCCCCAAGACUCUGACUCAAAUGUACACACACUUCCUCAUCAUUCAGACAAACAUCAUAAGAGGAAAAUACUCACAGAAGCAGGAGAGUGAUGAAGAAAUGCUUCUUAAACUGGGACAACUGGCUUUUCAGCAGCUGAAGAAAGGGAACCUGAUCUUCUAUGAGGAAGACCUGAGAGAGUGUGGCAUUGAUGUGAGAGAAGCAGCAGUGUACUCAGGUGUGUGUACGCAGAUCUUCAGAGAGGAGUUUGGGCUUCACCAGAGUAAAGUGUACUGCUUUGUUCAUCUGACCAUUCAGGAGCAUUUGGCAGCUCUCUAUGUUCACACAGCAUUUAUGAAAGAAAACAGUAAUGUUCUUAAUCAGAGUCAGGUCUGUAACACAAUUUCAGAUGUCCACAAGUCUGCAGUAGUGCAGGCAUUAGAAAGUCAAACUGGACAUCUGGACCUUUUCCUUCGCUUUCUUCUGGGUCUCUCACUGGAGUCCAAUCAGAAACUCUUACAUGCCUUAAUAACACAGACAGGAAGUAGCUCCUACAGCAAAGAGGAAACAGUUCAGUACAUUAAGCAGAAGAUCAGUAAAGAUCUUCCUCCAGAGAAAUCCAUCAAUCUGUUCCACUGUCUGAAUGAACUGGGUGAUAAUUCUCUAGUGGAGGAAAUCCAACGCUACCUGAAAUCUGGAAAACAAAGUGAACUCUCUUCCUCACAGUGGUCUGCUCUGGUGUUUGUGUUACUGACCUCAGAACAGGAUCUGGAGGAAUUUGACCUGAAUAAAUAUUUCAGUCCAGAGAAGAUAACAGAUCUGGUUCUUGUGAAGAUGAUGCCUGUGAUUUCAGCAUCCAGAAAAGCAAUUAUCAGGUGUAAUAAGAUUGAAGGCAGAGGUCGUGCAUCUCUGGCAUCAGUGCUCAGAUCAGAAACCUCCAAUCUGAAAGAACUCCAUCUGAUUGUGGAUACACUGGAUCUGUCUUGGAAUAAUCUAGGAGAUUCAGGAGUGAAGAGACUCUGUGCUGUAUUGGAGAAUCCUCAGUGUAAAGUGAAGAAACUGAGGUUGUAUGAUUGUAAUUUCUCAGAUGAAGGCUGUUCUGCUCUGACUUCAGCUCUGAGAUCAAACCCCUCACACCUGAGAGACCUGAAUCUGUCUGGGAAUAAUCUAGGAGACUCAGGAGUGAAGAGUCUCUCUGCUCUACUGGAGAAUCCUCUCUGUAAACUGGAGACACUGUGGUUGUGUGGUUGUGAUUUCUCAGAUGAAGGCUGUUCUGCUCUGACUUCAGCUCUGAGAUCAAACCCCUCACACCUGAGAGACCUGGAUCUAUCUGAUAAUAAUCUAGGAGUCUCAGGAGUGAAGAGUCUCUCUGCUCUACUGGAGAAUCCUCUCUGUAAACUGGAGACACUGUGGUUGCAGUAUUGUGGUUUUUCAGAUAAAGGCUGUUCUGCUCUGACUUCAGCUCUGAGAUCAAACCUCUCACACCUGAGAUAUCUGUAUCUGUCUAGGAAUAAUCUAGGAGACUCAGGAGUGAAGAGUCUCUCUGCUCUAAAGAGGGAAAAUCACAAUCUACAGAUAGUGAAUUGGUGAUGAACAUCUGUGGACGAGAUGAAGACUCUGGUGUUCCUGCAUUUCCAUGUUGGGGAUCAGACAUUUAAUACACUGAGUGUCACUGAUCACUUUAUUAGGAAUAACUGUACACCUGCUCCUUCCUGCAAUUAUCUAAUCAGCCAUUCAUAUGAUAAUUCAUAAACUCGUGUUGAUAAAUAUACUGUAUAUAAAAAUAAAUGUAGAUACAGAUCACAUGUACAAAGAAAAUAAAGUGUUAGAAACAUUCA